AAGUCUCCGUCAGUCGAGUUUGGAGCUCGCUUAGCAGCGGACGCGUUUGCAAGUUGCGGUCAGUGUAGUCUCUCCACGCAGAAUUCUGGAUAUCCCGAAUCGUGAAACAGCGAGAAGUGCGGGUGUUCAUCAUCUUCAUCAUCAUCAUUGCCGGGGAAAGCGUUGCUUCUCUGUUCUGAAGACGAUCCUGGACUUGAUCUGCGUUUGCCGCGAAGAUCUUUCCUCAGUGUGGAAGCUGCGGUCGAAGUGAUUGGACGUUUCGGUUGCGUGAAAGACACCCGGGUAUCUAUCGUUGGAAGAUUGGCUAUUGGACAAAGAACUGACAGCAACUUGACGGACGGUUGUGCUAAGUGGUUAAGCUAUUAAUCACGCCAGGGUUUGGAGAAUAGUGUUUGCAAGCUGACAGUUUGAUAUGGAUAGUUUCUAGUUUGCCAGGAGGGACUGUGCCGAGCCGCUAAUCGCGCAUAUUUAAGAGUGUAGUGAUACUGUUUUAUCGGCGUGACCAACACCUUUGGACUAAAGCAUGCGUGAUUUGUGACGGUGCUUUGUGAUUCAACGAAGGAAAGCAAUCGGUGCCGGUGUCGUGCUGAAGUGUGAGAAUUGAUUAUUAGUCGUUUUCUUUAGCAGCAGAUUUCUUCUCCGCGGAACGAAUCAGUUUUCGCCUGAUGGAGUUAUCAAAGAGCGAUACUUGACGAGUCAAUAAACGAUCGACCGUAGUUGAACUUCUGUUUCUGUUGUACCGCUCUGCUGAGCGAAUAGCAACAUCGACGAGAACCGCAGAAGAAGUGCUGAAGUCAGUGCGCGCGACGCGUCGAAAAUCAAAUAAAUAAAUUUAUUAUCAAAUCAGGUCAAUUUGUAUUAAGAAGAAAUAUUGCGUAGAGUAAGAGUGCGCGCAGUCUUCGGUCGUCGGUGGCUGUUGGAUAGUGCUGCAUCGUGUUCGGUCCUCGCUGUAUUGUACCGGGUAGACAUGUGAAUGAAGUGACUCUCUUGUGUUCUCGCCCGCUAGGAAUGUGAAUGUGAACAAACGAAGAACGCAUCAAUUCAAGGGUGAAAUAGCAAAAGCUGCGGCACUAAUAAGCAGUGGCAAUAAUCAUCAUCGUGUCGUUACGCGAGUGUCAUGUUACAAACCGCGCCGCAGUACUGAUCUAAUCGAAGUGGAAGCGCCCUGUGAAGAUCCGUGCAUACAUUACACAUUUUUGCCACUACAGUGAUAGUAGCCAUAUACCGUAGAGAAUCCGCGCGCCUCAACCGGUUCAGACGCGAAUGUAAACAGAAAUUAUACUGCGAUCUGAUGAUAGGGCAAUAAAUCAAACCAAAACUGUCAGCAGGAAUUGGAUUUUCGAGCCGCGUUGUCCGCCCUGAAUUGGUAGUGUUCGCGAUAGUAGAAUCCCGCCGAAGAAGAACUAAGAGGCCGCCGCCGUUGAGUGUUUUGUAGGUUGUUGCCGGCAAAUUGGCAAUUGGACAUAAAUUACACAACGCGCAGACACAGACCGGGGGUAGUCAGUAGCGGCUCGGCGGCGUCAAGAUGAAGCUAGCUGUGGCCUGUCUGAUAACGCUGGCGCUGCGGUGUACCCUGGCCAUUCCGCCCAAGUCGGAACCGACGAUCUCGGAAUGUACGGCGAAAGGUGGAGAGUGCGAUGAGAGCAAAGGUCGACCUGUAUGCGGGACGGAUAAUCAGACGUAUCCGACGCGAUGCCAUCUGAUAAGGGCGCAGUGCAGCGGUCAUCAGGUCAGCCUCAAACAUCGGGGGACUUGUAAAGACGUCUGUCACGCAUCACGCACGUACGCCCUCCAGCACCGGUCCAGUUCGCCCUACGGGGUCAAAUUUGUGCCACGCUGCCGGGAGGAUGGAACCUACGCUCCGGUGCAGUGCCUGGAAAGUGUCGGCUGCUGGUGCGUCAACGGCCAAGGCAAACCACUGCCCAAUACGACGGUUCAGCAUGGGAAACCGGUUUGCGUCAAGAAGGGCAAAUCAAACCAGCGGCGAUCCUCGCCACGAAAUCCGGUUAGAAACAAACGCAGUUGCUCUCGUAUGGACCGAGCCGUGUUCAACCGUAAUCUGUUGAAGCUUUUCGAGAACGAACACAUUCGUGUGCAGCAAAACGUGAAGGGAGGAUUAACGGCGGCCUCGGUCAGCGAGAAAACCGUCCUGGAUUGGAAGUUCGCUUCGAUCGAUGGCAACCGGAAUGGCGUCCUGGACAAGACCGAGUACCGAGAGUUGAAGCGACUGAUCAAGAAGGUCGUGAAACCGAAGCGCUGCGGUAGGUCUUUUGGUAAGAGCUGCGAUGCCGAUCAGGACGAGCGGCUAUCGCGGUUGGAAUGGGCCAACUGCUUCUCCAAGGAUAACCUAACACCCGAGAUGGAUCACCACUAUCACAACCACCACCCUUCAUCACAAUCAUCACCAUCAUAUGCCGCUGCAGCGCCGCAUCAAAACCACCACCAUCAACAGCAGCAACACCACCAGCAGCAGCAGCAAUACCAACACCAACAUCAUCACAUGGGUGGCGUAGGCGGCGGCGGCGGCUACGGUGGUGGUACAUUAAUCGGUGUCGGUGGCUCCUCCCAUUCUUCCUCUAGCUCUGGUUCUAGCACUAGCUUCCUCCGGUACGAUGAGUCACAGCAGAAUGGCUCCAAUGAUUACACUGAUUUUGACGAUGAAGAUGAUUACUCAGAAAAUGACGACGAUUCGGACGAAUUGCCCGAUAGUGAUAAUACGCUACUGAACGGACUGCACUUUAGCUUUGCCGGCAAGCGGCUGCAGCCCAAUUUGUUGCUACAAGGUAAAACAACGCUGGAGCUGAAAGGUGACCAGGAUCCCAUCUUCAAAGACAGCGAGGCCGAAUCGGACUGCCUGAGUGAUCGUGCCGCCGCACUGGAGGAGCAAAGGAGUGGUGCUACGGCGCUAUACGUUCCGGAAUGUACCGCCGACGGGCGGUAUCAACGGGUCCAGUGCUACUUGUCGACCGGGUACUGUUGGUGCGUCCACGAAGACACCGGAAAGAACAUUCCCGGGACGUCAACUAAGGACAAGCGACCGCAGUGUGACGUGUAUCCGGGCGUAGGGGGUCGACAGAUGCAGGGCUGCCCCGAUGACAAGAAGUUGGAGUUCUUGCGAGACUUGAAGGACUUUUUGAAACAGCAAAUAGCAAGCAACUCGGUGACGGCAGCGGAUAACACCAAAUGGGGAACCGAAGACGAGAAGAUUGCAACGCUCAGCUUUGUACUGCUAGACAAGAACAAGAACAAGGUUUGGGAGCGGAAGGAGUGGAAAAUUUUCCGAGAGCUUGUCACUGAAACAAGACAAUUGCGAAAAUGUGGCAAAAAGAUGCCUCGCUAUUGUGACGUAAAUAAUGAUCGCAAGAUCACCCUCUCCGAAUGGCUCAAUUGUUUGCAAACCCAGCGGACACCCUAUGUAGAAGGGGGCUCGGUAGCCAAGUCAUCCUCGCUGAUGUCCACCAGCGGAUCCUCUGGAGGCGGAGGCGGAGGUGGAGGUGGAAUCGGACAUUCUGAAAGUGGUUGGAAACCAUCCUUGUCCGCAUCAUCCACCUCCAAGUUCCGGGGCCCUAACCCUCUGGAAUCGGUUCUGAAAAGCGACUGAAAGUCUCGUAGCAUAUCGAACAUGAACAACCACCCACAUACCAACCACAACACACCCACAUAUUUACGAAUGAGACUUAAAGCGAAUGCGGGGUUUUCUGGAGGCAUCCAGAAUGUUCGCCACAUAGGCAAACAGAUGUAACAUUUGGACGUAUUGGAUCUAAAGUUAGACAAUAUUCAAUCAGCAGCGUAAACUCCUUGACCUUUAUAACCUAAUACAUAGUUCAAGUAAAAACAGGCUUCUAAAAAAUAGAUAUUGCAAAAAUCAUGAUUAAUCGUCUCAAAUAAUGAUAUAUUUUUUUAAAACUGUGGUUACGUAUGUCAUCCUCAAAUCCAAAAUAACGGCCAUAGCUUUGUAUAUACGUGGUCAGGAUUGUACAGCUGAGUACAGAUUGAAUAGAUCUCCAAAUAAUGUUGGACCGGCUUCGAACUUUAAAUUUGAUUUUGAAUGGAAGGUCUUGGAUUUCGUUGGAAGCCAAUUUGUAAUAUUUUGUCACAUCAGUUGAUAGAUUCGAACAAUAAUAAGUGUAUACGAUAUUUAAACUCUUCCUAUUAUGCUCCAAGUAACUUGUUGAUAGAAAGCUACGACUAUGUUUUUUCGUUAUUCUGACUAUUACAUCUGUUUGCCGUUCACACCAUGAAUAUGGAUGCUUCCACAGAAGAAAACGACAAGUAGUGCCAUGUUUUACACAGCAAUAUGACGACAACAAUCCGUUGAAAUGCAAUGUGCAUUCAAAUGCAAUAUUUUGAAUGCUCAACACAAAUACUACAAUAAAGAACGAUCAAUUAUUGCAACCCAUUGAUUACUAAUUACUGUAACUACCGGUGUACCAGUGAUAUUUUCGCACUUUAUAUCGCACACUCUUAAAAAAGCAACGCUAGAGGAACUGCGUAUAUUCUUUUCUAAGCUCUGGAAGAAUGUACGGCGAAGGAACAAAACGGAUUUCAGAUUGUUUUAUUUAGUUGAUUAAGUUUAAGCGAGACGCGAGAGCGAGCUAGGGUAAAAUUUGAUGGCGAUCGAAAGUGGAAAUUUCCGAAUGAAAUCAGUAUUAAAAUAGCAAAAAAAAAUGGAUCAUCUGUUGCCGCUUUCGCAUCGCAUUGCGCCACACUUGUGCAGGGCAUCUUUGACGAAACAAAAAAGGUUUUUGGGCUUUCUGUUAUUGAAUCAAAAGGAAACGAAUGCGAGAUUAGGAAUGAAAAUAGAGAGCGAUGUAUGAAAUGAAUUUCUAAAAGUGCGUGUGAUAUAUGUUAUUUAAUUUAAACUGUACGUUAUUUUAUAGUCUUUUUUGUACGCAAACGAAUCCCAAUUAUAACUAUAUUGCAUAGUUACUUUUAAAUAUAACUGUUUUGUGUAAGUUUCCUGUUUAAUGCAAACAAAAGCAUGAAUCAACAAACAGGUUUUUUUAAAAGAGAUAAAUGCUUAUUGCUUACCUAUUUAUACGAACUGUGAAAAUAUGAAAGCAUCGAAUCCGUGCUACAACGGAAACGAAGAAUGAAUAGAAUGCUGCAGAAAAAUAUCAUAAAAGAGAAGAAA